CACUAUAUGGUAUUGGCCAGACAAGCAGUAUGCGCUGGGAGAAAUCACCACCAUCAGCACUGGGCAGGUCCAAACCCUAUCAAGGAGUACGAGUCAAAGAACCGGUCAAAGAGCUGUUGAAGAGGAAGAGGAGUCUGGGGCUCGCCAAGACAGGGUCCUCCACCACGGAUGUGGCCACACAAAACAACCAGUCAUCAUUCACUCAAGGUGUAUUUAGCUCUGAUGUUGCCGCCAGUUCCCCAACGGAGACAUUGCCUGCAGCUGGUGAUGGAGGUCUACAGUGUGGGGGAUGGAAAGCCGCACCUUCUGUCACUUGCGCUGGGCUGCAGCCAGCGGUCAUCCCCUGGUCGUCGUCUGACUACAACCAGCAGGAAUCCCCAGCUCAGACUCUGACCUACUCAGCCCCGCCGACCCUCACCCCAGACAUGUACAUGCAGGCAGUGUGCCCCAGCUACACCAUGCUGGCCUACACACACACACCACUGCUCACUAACUUUGGGACCAUACCGGUGGCCCCAGCCCCAACCUCCCUCCCUCAGAUGGAAUUACCAGACUCAGGGUUGACCUACCUUCCCUGGGGCCAGCCCCUCACCACCAUAUCUACUGUGACCAAUCCGGCGGUCCAGUUUGCUCCAGGUUCUGCAGCCUUACCCGGUUCCCCUCUGGUCCACAUGCCCAUGUCCAUGUCUUUGACCACUAUGAUCCCGCAGCUGGAGAGCCAUGCUGUAGACCAUCAGCCUCAGAUCCUGGAUCUCCCACCGCAUUCAGACCACCAGCUCGACCCUGGACCUCAAGGUCCGUCUCUCGAUGAAGAUCCAGAGGUACAGCCUGAAUCUCCAAACCUCCUGGAUAAACUUCUGGAGGAUCGCAAGGAGCAUGGUGAGGAGGAGGAGGACAGCAGCACAAUCUUCAUACCAAACGUCUGAGAACACGAAUGGUCACUUAUUUUCUCCUAUAAGGCACAAGACAAUCACCAUCAUCACUUCGUCACCAUCUUCUCCUUCUGUUCUUCUCAAGAAAUGUAUGUAAAACCCCUCACUUGAGAACACUGGCUCACUUGCACGAACAAACCAGUAAUUAAAAGGUAAUUCUGGUUCAUUAUAACUCACAUUAUAAUUUUGUAGCCGUGGCUACAGUAACUUCAAAAAUCAGUGUUGUGUUUACAAGCCAGUGUGGAUCAUCCCAACUACCAUUACAAAGCAGUUAAACAAAACAUCUUGUAUGUGCAUGCACCUCAUAAAUGUCAUAAAUGAAAUGAAUCACCAACUAAUUAACUUGGAAGACAUGAGUCAGAGCAGCAGAGGUUUAGUGGAGGGCACUUCGUAAACAUUUGCUAAAUGUCCAGAAGACACUUAUGUUCAAAUGUCGACAGCCACAACUACAAAAGUAAAAUCUACAAAAGUUGUAAUGAACCCCUUUUAUCCUAUCCUAAUGUUAAUAGUAACUCGUUUGACUUUUGACUUUUUUUUUUUCACUUUUCACUUUUCAAAAGACUUAUGCAAAGACAACUGACAUUAUGUCUUAUGUUUUAUUAUUUUAAUGCUUACCUUGAGUCAGGAAAGGCCACAUGCUUUUUUUUUUAGUUUUUUUUUUGCAGAAUGCAGUUGGUAUUAUUUCACUGCAACUUGUUUCUACGUAAUAUAAAUUCUUUGCAGUAUUUUUCAGUGCUUUUCUUAACUUGCGGUACAUAUGCAUCCAUAUAAACAGCUGUUUAAUUGCACUUUUCUUCGAAAAAUGGUAUUAAAAAAAAAUAAAUUA